AUGGCGCCCGCGACUACGACCACCGACACUAUCCGCGCCGUUGGGGUCUCCAAGUAUGGGUCCCUCGAGAACCUCGAAUCCAGACGCCUCCCCAAGCCAUCACCGCCUACUGGGCGGCAGAUGCUCGUUCGGGUCAAAGGAGCGGCCGUUAACCCGAUCGACAUCAAGGUCCGAGGGGGAGUCUACGACGAUGCGCCAGAUUACUAUGAGCGUGUCAAGCCCCUCACGCAGGACGAGCCACACUUCCAUGUCAUGGGUUACGACGGUGCUGGUGUUGUCCUGGGCGUCGGGCCGGACGUGAAGCACUUUAAAGAAGGGGAUGAGAUAUACUAUCUGGGAAACCCGCUUGGCCAGGGCUGCUAUGAGGAGGAGAUGCUGGUCGAUGAACGGCACGCGGGCCACAAACCCAAGAGCCUCGAUUUCGUCCAGGCCGCCGCGAUGCCCCUGACAUACGGCACGGCGUACGAGGCGCUCGUCGACAGGCUGGAGAUCAAGAAGGGCGAGAAGUCGGGGAUCCUAAUCAUCAACGGCGGCGGCGGCGUCGGCAGCAUCGCGAGCCAGAUCGCCCGCAACGUCCUGGGCCUCCCGGUGGUCAUCACCACGGCCUCGCGGCCUGAGACGACCGAGUUCUCCAAGAAGAUGGGCGCGACGCACGUGGUUAACCACAGGCAGAAUAUUGUCGAGCAGAUCCACGGCUUGAACCUGCCGGAGGACGUGCAGCUGCGGUACGCGUUCAUCACCUCCCGGACGGAGCAGUACAUCCAUCCCAUCGCGGACGUGCUUGCCACCUUCGGCAAGGUGUGCAGCAUCGUACAGGCCAAGUUCGACAUGUACGGGUCGCAGUUCAUGAGCAAGUCGCUCUCUUUCUCAUGGUGCUGGCUGUGCUCCGGCGCUUAUCAUGGAUAUGCCAACGACGACGAGGAGAAGCACCAUCGGUGGUUCGAGGAACUGGCCCGGAUGCUGGAUGACGGCACUGUCAAGUGCCACCUCAUGAGGAGGCUGAAGCUCAGCCUUGCGGGGCUAAAGGAGGCGCACCGCGAGAACGAGGCUGGCUCGGGGAUUGGUAAGACUGCGCUUGGAGUAGACGAGGAAGGCCCUGGGGAGGCAUUUUGUUAG